CGAACUCUGUCAGAUCGAAUUCGCUCUCUCCAGCCAGAACCCGAUGCUUCGUCGGGGCAAUUACGUUCGGGUCAAAUCACAGUCUCUUCAAUUGCGAGUGCUGCCCAAUCUUGUGAGAAUUGCACAGAAGAUCACGAGGACGAGAAUUUUGAUCAGAAUUCAUUAGGAAGUUGGAAAGAUGGAGCUGAUGCAUGUCCUGCUUCAGUCCCGGAAGAUUCUGCUAGUAGGGGAUUGCUUGGUCCGCCGCCAGGAGCUGAUAAUAAUACCUCAAGCCCUCGGAAGUCUUGGGCUGAUAUGGCGCAAGAAGAUGAAUUUGUGGAUGAAGAAGAACAAGUUGAUUCAAGCAAA